CCAAGUGGACAUGUUUGCUCGGGAGAUAGAGAACGCGUUGUUAUAUCUGCUCCCCUGCUUUUGUAGUAGCUAGCACGAUGACAGGUGCUGAGUGGUUGGGACGACGAUACAUGCAGCCAUGGUCAUCGCCAUCAGCAUCACCGCCGGCCCGAGAAGUUUUUGCGGAUGUUUGCGUGCGGCCCGGAUCCCGUUGCUCGAAGCGCUGCACGUUGUUGUAGGGUGUCCCGCUGGCGGUAACGCCGCGGUUGGCGUUGACAUAACGCGCUACCCGAUGCCCCCAUGUUCAUGUACCGGCCUCCUCGCGACAAACUGUCAUUCGUUGCCAAACGCGACGACGUCUGUCCGAUGACAGCGGCCGACGAUGUCCACCGUCAGGAAAAAGUCGACCGCCGACCCGAAAAGCGUCACCCCUUCACUGUGCGUGACAGAACUCGUCCAGCUGACUCAGCUGGGCAUUCCGCUGGAGCACGUCACAUGGCCGCGUGUCACGGUCACCCCGAGCCAGUGGCUCUGCAUUCGCCACACCAUGACCUGCCGAAAUGCUUCCAGCAGUGCCGACAGGUGCUCGGUGGUGACGGUGUUCAACCCACAGCGGUCUGCGCCUCAGACUUACAAGGUCGAGGCACGCUGUGCCAAGCUGAAUCCAGACAAGCCCCUUUUAGCCAUCACAGACCAGUGGGCGCUGUACCUGUACAGCACACGCACCAAGAAGCUGCUGCACAAGAGCCGGCUGGAACGAGACCUCGUCUACUGGGCCUGGGUCACACCGUCCACUCUAGGACUGGUCACACGCGACGCUGUCUUCCACUGGGACUGCUCUUCGGCGCCAACAGAGCCGGUGUUCAUGUUUUCACUUCAUGAGCGCAUACGCAACACAGAACUCGUCGGCUACAUCACAGACCCAGGCCUCAAGUGGCUGGCAGUCACCGGACUCUUUCAAGAGGAGCAGGUGGUCUCUGGGCUGGUCCAGCUGUACAGUGUGGACCGGCGAGUGAGCCAGCUGCUGCCCGGCCAGUGUGCGCAGCUGUGCAGGCACCAGUUCCAGGGCCAGGCAUACGCUUCACAACUGCUGCUGCUGGCCGACCGGGGACCCGCGGGACAGCGACCCGAGGGCCGGCUCCACCUGUCCGAGCUGGGCCCGCCUGCCAGCACUGGUGGCGCCCUGCGCGGGCCCAUCGCCGAGACACUCGAAUUCUUCGACCCCCUUGACAAGUUCGACUUCCCCGUGUGUCUGCAGGUGUCCAGCAGCCAGGGCCUGGUGUACGUGCUGACCAAGUGCGGGGUUGUUCACCUGUGCGACCUGGAGACGGUGACGCCGCUCUGUCUGCACGUUGUGUGCCCCGACAUCACUUUCACUGCCUCGAUCACCCCUACGUGCGGGCUCAUGGUUGUCUCGCGCAAUGGCCAGGUUCUCUUGGUGGAGAUCAAAAAGGCUGCGCUUCUGCGGCGCAUCAUAGAGGUGGUGAACAGACCGGCCAUCGCCACUCGACUGCGCCAGACCUUGCCCUGAGUGCGCACCCUGGCCGCCCCGGCACUGCCCAGAGGCAGUGCGAGUGCCGCGCUGGGUUAAAGUAAUGCUCUUGUGUUUUGUCUAGUCAUCGGGACUGAGUGUGAUGGUCUGCCAGGGUGCUGUGAAGCGUUUAAUGUGUACUUACUCUUUGUGACACUUGCUUUCCUAGUGUGAAAAAGGUGCAGAGGCUGCCUUAGGUCACGGGCAUGCUCUAUUCUAUUUGUGUACAUAUAACCUGCACUGCACGCAACUUAUGUGUACAGUUCAGCCUCAGCUGAGAAAGCAAACGAAAAGGCUAUCUGUGCAACUAGCACAGAUUGCACAGUGUUUUAAUCUUUGAAAAAACUGAGCUUCAAAAGCAGUGUUGUCUUGUAUGCUUGGUCCUUGUUGCUGCUACUUCUGCCAGCUGUUGAAGCAUGUUAUGACUUCUGAACAGUGAAAGACAAAUUUGUGUGCAAACCUUGCAUUCUAAUACAGUUACAUGACAAAAGACAAUUUUGCCUUUAAAUGCAGCUACAUGGCAAUGUGUACAGCAUUGGUGUACAAUGCUGUACACCAAGAAACCACACGUAAGGGGAAGAAAAUUCUAGUGUAACUUGUACUCCUGCUUUGUACUUAAAUUUACUAAAAUUUUGGAGCUCGUUAUGCAUGCAAAGGUAUUUCAAAGGGCCUUAAUUUCGUUGUAUAGGGUUACCGUGAUAAGAUGUGUUUGACAGUGAUUU